AUGAGCGGUUGUUUUGGAAAUAACAAAGAAUUUUUAAGCGAUUUUAUUGAUUUAUAUCGUCAGUUACCGGCAGUAUGGAAGGUGAAGAGCGAUCUCUACAAGAAUAGAAAUAUGAAGAAUUUGGCUUAUGAAAAACUAGUUGAAAAACUUAAAGAAGUCGAACCUAAUGCCGACAGAGAGAUGGUGCGGAAGAAAAUUAAUGUUUUACGCAGUGCCUAUCGGAGAGAAUUAAAAAAAGUAAUUGCAAGUUAUAAAUCAGGGACAGGAACUGAAAGUAUUUACGAACCAAGCUUAUGGUACUUCAAGGAAUUAGAUUUCUUGAGGGAUCAAGAAACCCAAGUACCUGGAACCUCUACCAUGAAUGACCCAUUUUAUGAGAUUGAUAAUGAAGACGCAGAUUCUUCCCAAGACAGAAGUAGUCAAGGACCCAAUACACCUCCAGGAAGGCAUGCAGCUCCAGAAUCGCCCACACCACCAGAAACAGAUACAGCCGCAGAUACAUAUACACUUUCAGAAAUGGAUGUACCGGUUACUCCUAUACAACGUAGAGCUAACAAACGAAAAGGAUCAACUGAAUUUGAGGAAUCACAAACACGGAAUGAACUAUUGAAGAUGGCUUGCGAACAUCUUCGCACUUCUAACAAGGAAGUGGAGAUUUUGGCAAAAAGUUGGGCAUUAGAGUUCAUGAAGCUCUCAUCAGAUCAGCAAAUUUAUGCUAAAAAAGCCAUAAAUGAUGUUUUAUAUGAAGGGCGCUUGGGAACUUUACAUAGACAUUCAGUUGUUAUAAAUGAACCCCCUGUACGUACCCCCCUUGAAAUUUCAUCCUGCCAAUCAUUCUCGUCACAUUCAAAUUCUGUCCCAUCAUUCCCGUCUCCAAACCCAGUACAGGUAACUGAUGAUACUACACAACUACAAUAUACGGUAAUAGGAGAACUACUCACUGACCCACAAUAUAACUAA